AUGCCACCUAGACGUUCAAAAGCAAAAAAACGAUCUGAAAUAACCAAUGAUUCUAUUGAAAAUAGAGAGAGUGAAACUAAUAGUAGAGAGGACCAGGUACCUGAAAUAAUCAAUAAUUCUAUUGUAAAUAGAGAAAGGAUAUCUGAAAAUAAUAGUAGAGAGAACCAGGUGCCUGAAAUAUUUGAGAUAUCAAGUGACAAAGAGGACAAAAUACCUGAAAUAAUUGAGAUAUCAAGUGACGAAGAAAACCAGACACCUGAAGAUGAAUGGACACCCGAAAUAAUUGUGUUAUUAA